AUGAAUACUCACCAACAAACUCAGAGAAGAUCGAACACAGAAAAUGAUCCUGGAAAUGAAGAUCAUGAUCAUAAACACGAUGGGAAAGGUUGUUGCUCUGGUAACAAAGCUCAGCCGAAGCCGAUGGAUAUUUUUCAAGCUGUGAAGUCGGGGUAUUUGAUGAGAGUGCAGGAGCUGUUGGAGCAAGAAGGGCCUAGUAUUUUCACAGAGCAAGAUGAUAAAGGUCAUACACCGGUCCACUGGGCUUGCCUUGGUGGACUCACAAACAUCGUCAGGAUCAUGGUCCAGUGUAAAGUCCCAUUGGAUACCCAGAGCAAGAAUGAACUUGGUGCUAGACCGAUCCACUGGGCAUGUGUGAAUGGCCACAUAGCAGUGGUAGAUAUUCUUCUCCAGGCUGGUGUAAAUAUAGAUACUGUAGAUAAUAAGGGCUGUUCACCUCUGAUCAUAGCUUGCCAGUACGGCCAGACACAGCUCUCUGGUUACCUCAUGGGUAAAGGGGCAAGGCUUCAACUCACAGACAGAGAAGGGGACAAUGCAUUGCAUUGGGCUGCAUUUAAAGGUUUCUGCGAGCUGACGAGAUUACUCAUUUAUUCUGGAUUCAACCCAAGACAAAAGGAUAACUAUGGUCAGACUCCCCUUCAUCUUGCCUGCAUCAAUGGUGACCUAAACACAGUCAAGAUGCUCUGCGAGCAGGAUGGCGUAGAGGUCGAUUUAGAAGACCAUAACCACAAGACACCCCUACUACUAGCUAAAGGACGUAACCAUACAGAGAUCAUGGGCUACCUUGACAAGGAGACAAAGAAUAUAAAGAGUGUCAUACCCAGGAUAGAUCUCAAAACUAUCAUGUUUGGUCCCCCGGGCAAUAGCAAGGCUCCAUUUCUUUUCUUCGUAAUCAGUGUAUUAUUCUGGGGCUAUCCCAUGUAUGUUAUAAGGUGUUUUCCAGCCACAUUUGCAUCAUACCCGGGUCUGCACAUGGUCUUCUUAGCAAACAAUGUCUUCAUGUGGUUCACAUUCUACCAAGCAUACACAAAAGAUCCCGGUUUCUUGCCCAGGAAUUCACCAGAAUAUGACCAGGCUAUCCGACAGGUUGCCCAGUUUGAUGAAUGGAAGCAAGGUCAAAAUCCACUGAGCAGAUUGUGUCACACGUGUAGACUGGUCAAACCUUAUCGCACCAAGCACUGCAGAACGUGUAACCGAUGUGUCCUUCAUUUCGAUCACCAUUGUCCUUACAUAUAUAAUUGCGUUGGUUUAAAAAAUAGAACAUACUUCAUGGGUUUUACGACGUCGGUAUCAACGAUGAUGUUAAUGGUGGUGUAUUUUGCUGCAAUCCUAUUAAGGGAAGAGGGAUGGAACUGGCUCUAUCUUAUCGGUAUCAUUGAAGCCGUAUUCUUUGGGAUCAUCGCUACUGGUCUGUGCUCAAUAGGGUGGUACAUGGCCGUGAUCAACACCAACACCAACGAGCGCAUCAACUUCAAGCGAUACAAUUACCUCAAGGACGCCAGCGGGAACUACCACAAUCCCUACGACAAGGGCAUCCUCCGCAAUCUUGACGACUUCUUCCGGGGCAAGAACCACAUGACAGACGAAGAGGUCGACCAGUCUAGAAUCUAUGUUGUAUGAUGUUACCACCUGCUAAU